UUAGCGACAGCUUUUCUACAACAGAUUUAUUCAGACACCACAUUAAUAAGAAGCAGAAUUCAAAGUGUGAUUGAUGAAGGAGACAUUGUUUAUGAUGUGGGUAAUGUUUUUGAUGCAAAAAGAAAUAGAACUAUGGCAGAUCUUGUGGAAUCAUUUAAUUAUUCCGGGCCAUUAGGUCAGGAUUACGAAUCAAAGCAAUACAAUCGAUUUAUGGAAGUCCUUGAGAUUGUAAAAACAGAUUUAAAAAAUUACUUAGAUUAUAUUUUCAUUAACUACAUUCCAUCUUACACAAAGUUAUAUGAAAAUAUUAAAAAUUGUGCAGGUUCUAUUUUUGUAAGCGAUACUCAUGCUGAUACUUCGAUGAUUUUUGAUAUUGAUAAGUUGCUGCAAAAAAAUCUAAAAUUUAUUGUCCUAAAAUCAAAUGAUAUGUUUAGAAUUUAUGCCCUACGUGUUUCAAAGACAGAAUUUAAAUCUCGCUUGCCAUUAUGCUCAUCCUGGAGAGGUUUACGAGGUGAGGAAUUAAUAAGAGCCUGUAAAGUUCCUGAUGCAAUAUUUGUACAUGCUUCUGGAUUUACAGGUGGUGCAAUGUCUUUGGAAGGUGCUUUAAAAAUGUGUGAGAUGACUCUGCAGUUGGAAAAUCAAAAA